CCGGGAGGAGGCGCCUGCCUCUAACAAAAGUCUGCGGCCGACGCUCUCUUUCCUCCUGGCCCGGGCAACAAGUGGCUGGCGGCGGCCUCCCGCGGGAGGCGGCGGCAGCGGCACGGCUGCGAGGAGGAGGAGGAAGGCGGAGCGGCGCUGAAGCAUCGGAGGAGCGGAGCGCCAGCCGCGGGGCGGUGGAGCCAGCGCCCGGAGGCCGUCCCGCCCGUCCUGCUUGUGGAUUGUAACUGGAGCCGCCUUCCUGGCCCGGACACCCCGGCUAGAAACCGGGGCGGGGAGGGCGCACUGAUAUAUCGCAUUUUUGAUUCUUUCACUUUUAAAGUUAUUUUUUGUUGUGGUUGGUGGUGGUUUUUUUUUUUUUUUUUUUGUUUGUUUGUUUGUUUGUUUUGUGGGGAAGGGAGGCUGUCGGCCACCCGAGAAGAAACGGAGGAAGUUGCAAGGCUGCUUUGAACAUGUCGCCGUGAACACUUUCGGAGGCUCUUCCCCCUGCACUGCCCCAGGGCUGCACUCCGUCAGCCGCGGCUGCUCGGUGCCCCGCGGCAGAGAUGCUGGGCGGCGGCGUGGGAAAGCGGCGACGAGCAUGAAGGCGGCAGGAUGGGCGCGAACAAUGGCAAGCAGUACGGGAGCGAGGGCAAGGGCAGCUCAAGCAUCUCAUCCGACGUGAGUUCAAGUACGGAUCACACACCCACCAAAGCCCAGAGGAACGCAGCUACCAGUGAAGAUUCCGACCUGAGCAUGCGAACGCUCAGCACACCCAGUCCAGCGUUAAUAUUCCCACCGAAUUCCCCUGGGUUCCAAAAUGGCAGAGGUUCGUCGACCUCUUCAUCCUCAGUCACUGGGGAAACUGUUGCCAUGGUCCAUUCGCCACCUCCCACCCGUCUCACCCAUCCUCUCAUCCGGCUGGCAUCCAAGCACCAGAAGGAGCAGGCCAACAUAGACCGGCUGCCCGACCACUCCAUGAUCCAGAUCUUCUCCUUCCUGCCCACCAACCAGCUGUGCCGCUGUGCCCGCGUGUGCCGCCGCUGGUACAAUCUGGCCUGGGACCCACGACUUUGGAGGACGAUUUGCCUGACUGGUGAGACAAUCAAUGUCGACAGGGCUCUCAAAGUGCUGACCCGGAGGCUUUGUCAGGAUACUCCCAACGUAUGUCUCAUGUUGGAGACGGUAAUUGUUAGUGGCUGCAGGCGGCUCACAGACAGAGGACUCUACACCAUUGCCCAGUGCUGUCCAGAACUGCGGAGGCUGGAGGUGUCUGGCUGUUACAACAUCUCCAAUGAGGCCGUCUUUGAUGUUGUGUCACUGUGCCCAAACCUGGAACACCUGGAUGUAUCAGGCUGCUCCAAAGUAACAUGCAUCAGUUUGACUCGUGAAGCCUCCAUCAAGCUGUCUCCCUUGCAUGGGAAGCAAAUCUCCAUCCGCUACUUGGACAUGACAGACUGCUUCGUCCUGGAGGACGAAGGACUGCACACCAUUGCCGCCCACUGCACUCAGCUGACCCACCUGUACCUGCGCCGCUGCGUCCGCAUCACUGACGAGGGUCUGCGCUACCUGAUGAUUUACUGCACAUCCAUCAAGGAACUGAGCUUGAGCGACUGCCGCUUCGUCAGCGACUUUGGCAUACGGGAGAUCGCCAAGCUGGAGUCGCAUCUCCGAUACCUGAGCAUCGCUCACUGCGGCCGCAUCACGGAUGUGGGCAUCCGAUACAUAGCCAAAUACUGCAGCAAGCUGCGCUACCUCAAUGCGCGGGGCUGCGAGGGCAUCACGGACCAUGGCGUGGAGUACCUCGCCAAAAAUUGCACAAAACUCAAAUCACUAGACAUCGGCAAGUGCCCCCUGGUCUCAGACACCGGCCUGGAGUUUCUAGCCCUCAACUGCUUCAACCUAAAGCGCCUGAGCCUGAAAUCCUGUGAGAGCAUCACUGGGCAUGGCCUGCAGAUUGUAGCUGCCAACUGUUUUGACCUACAGAUGUUGAACGUGCAGGACUGUGAAGUCUCUGUGGAUGCUCUGCGAUUUGUUAAACGACAUUGCAAGCGCUGUAUUAUAGAGCACACCAACCCUGCUUUCUUCUGAAGGGAUACCCCAUGCCUGUUAUUGAAAUGCAGUAUUAAAAACACUGAUGUAUAAGCACACGCUCCCAUAUUCAGUAAUGCUGUCUUUUUUGUCACUCACGGGAGUCAUUUUUCUUGUACCUAAUGGGUGAGGGGUUUUCUAGAAGACUAUUUUGUUUUCUUUUUGUAUGAUCACUUUUUAAGGUGCCGUGAGUCUCUGUGGAGAGGCUGUUUUAAUGCAAAAGCAAUGAGUGCUCAGCGUUGCUGGUGGGGUGUCAUUUCCAUAAGAGCCAUGAUCUUGUCCCAGGCUACAGUAGUUGCCUCCAAAGGAAAUAGUACAUAAUCCCUACUUCGGAAAUGCUACUAAGCUGUGUCAAAUACAUCUGAAUUCUAGCUGUGCUCAUGAAGCUGACUAUGCAAUAUUGUGUCUGUGUUUCCCAACUUUUUCCAAUAUGGCUGAUAGUCAUCCAUUGUAAUUCCUCAGGAAAUACUGGGUAAUGUUCUUAAAUAUACUCAUUUGAAACAUAGUAAGACCUGCUGGCCAUUGCUGAGCAUUUCUGCAGAGUGAAUCUGGAGACUGUGCCCAUGCAUGGAUUCUCUUGGGAAGCCCACCUCCAGGUCACUUAUGCAUCAUUGCUACUUGCCUUUAUAUCUAAAUUUGUCCUCUCCAAUGUGUGUAGUACCAUCCUCUGGUAGUAGACAGGGACUUCUGGCUCUGACAAGCAGUGAUGUAUUGAGCUGAGUGAAGGAGAACAAACUGGUGGCCUGGCAAAAGUAAAAGCCAGCAAACCAGCCUGAGAAGCUGCUGUAUUCUGCAACAAGCUGAGGUAGUACUGUAAGACAGUAGAGAGGCUCUGAGGCAUUGUGGAGCAGCUUACACAGGGCAGUCCCAAUUGCUGUGCUGCGUGGCUGCCACCAGGAAGUCUGACUUUGUCCCUUUGCUGUACCUUUUCAGCAGCUGUGGCACCACUGCAGUGAUGUUCCCUGAGAAACCAGGGACUUGCGUUUAGGUCAAGUUAGUAUGUGCCUUAAUACACUUGGAAACCUGACUCUUUUCUGUGACCUUCCAGUUCAAAGGAUAGAUGGCUGAUCUCAAGACUUCAAAGACAUUAGCCUGAUGUUAGAUAACACCCCUGGGGACACAGGGGCUUGGCAUAUUAUUCACAUUAGAUUUAGAUUUUUUGAGACUUUGGCUCUUUGUGUUCCCUUAGAUUGGAGGUGCAGCUGCAUUCAACAAAGAAUUAAACAGCAGAGUUGCCCUGUGACACUGGGAGCUCCUGUUACUCUCAUGAUCACUCUUGCUCUUGCAUAAGCUGGAGCAUUUUGGAAGUCCCCCAUCUCAUUGGCUUCUUCCCCAAAGUGUGUGGUUGAUUCAUGGUUACUUUCUUCAUCAUUUUCUGGCUGCUGUUCCACUGCAUUUUCACAUGUAAUGCUCAGAUCUGAAAGCCAGACACAUGAGGGGUGAUGAUAUUUUCAGGCAGAACCCCUGUGCCUGACUGACAGGUGAAUUCAUAUGUUCAGUUCAAACACUGUAAGUGUCUCAUAAGAAGGGAAGCACUGUGUCUGGCUUUCAUAAGCAGUAGUUCCAUCAUCUCCAGACAACACUAAUAAAAUCAGUGGUAUGAAGUGAAAAUCAAUAUGCCCAAGAAAAACAAACACAUAACUGCUGAGGAAAUACUUACAACAAUGCUCUCUCAAUUAAAAAAAAAAAAAAUAGGGCAAUGGUUUGGACAUGUCUCUGGAGAGGGAACUUGUCCUACUGCUGCAAAAAUUCCUGUAACUUAUGUAUGUUCCUCCAAUUUUGGAUUUUUUAAUAUGCAGGAUGGCAUCAGCUAUGAAUUAUAAAUUAAGUUAUACUAAGGCAAAGAGGGCCAUGGAAAAUGAAUUUGUCAUUGCUACUGUUACUCGUCAGUGACUAAUAUUAAUAUAACCUUGGACAGUUAACUUUAUUUUGGCUUUCCUUUCCAUAUUUCUAAAAUAAGAGAUUCUUCUCCAGCAAGUAAUACAGUAUAUUUUAUCUGAGCCAGCUAUACUCUCUGUUUACCAUUUAUCUAAAAAUGGCCUCAAGAAAUUUAAAUGUUGAGCCCUGAGGAUGUUGGGAUUUUGAGCCAUUUGCACUCAUGAAAUACAAGGCCUCACUAGUAACAUUUAAUUGUUUAUUAAAAAAAUAAAGCUACUUUUCUGGCUAUGUUGAAUUGAAUGUGUAGUGCUACGUGGUUUUUAAAGUUUCUAAUGUUUAAAUUUGGCCUGUACUGUACAAAUCUCACUAUAAAGCCUUAAUUUGCUACCAAGAAAUAAAGCAAUAUAUUGGUAACUGAUGAGCAUCCAGCAUCAUUUGCACUAAGUGAUUAACUGCUAGUGAAAAAGAAAAGAUUAAAUACUUAUAAAUAUCAAAAAGUAAGCGAGUGAUUGAGCAUAUCAACCUAUCAGGUUGGUGGAUUAUGACCUCACCUAUCUCUCUCUUUAAAAUAUUAUUUUCCUCAUGUGAUCUUUCUUGACCCUGAAACAUAAUCAGAAACUGGAAGUAAAAGUAAAAGAAAAAACAACAUAUUAAAAAUGUAUAAAAAAUUCAGGAGGGCCUCUGCAUUGGUUUAAAGACAUGUUAACAUAUUUGAUGAGAAAAGUAAAAUGGAAUGACUUAAAAGGUAGAGCACUUACUGAAGCAGUGUUGCCUUUUGAAUGCUUGAAUGUUUGAAUGUAGAAACCCUUCUCUAGGGGACACUGGUGGAAAGUUGAUAAAGGUAAUUUUUCUAAGCCCAAUGUUUUUAAGUAGAUAGUCUUAAGUGAUCUGAGUUGGUACUCUAAGACAGGUAGUUAUUUAAAGAAAAUUUGAACUUAACUUAUUGAUGCAGAUUGCCUGAGUUGACUGUUAACCUUUUUCUUAUGUCUACUUCCAAAAUGACAGAACCAGAAAAUACUGGAAAAACUACACUGGAAAAAAAUAAAGUAGUGCAUGUGGAGCUGAGUUUGCUGGAAAGGUUGCAACAUGUGACUGAUGUGUCUUCUAGUUUAGGAUUAGCAAAGACUAUAAAUUUCCUGAAUGAAAACAUAGGUGAUUCUUGAACCAUCAAAUUCAGGCUCAGGCACUGGCGCUUCUUCUGCUCUGCAAUAACAUAUGGUGAUCUUAUCAAAGAAAGAUAGCAAUGAAUCACAUCAGUCAGGCUGGCAUGUUUAUGUCUUUGGAAUCAUUUGUGUCCUCUAGAGAGGGGUCUCUUAGAAAAGGCACAGCUAAACUACCACGCACUGUGAUUAUAGCCAAACAAUGUGUUUAGGCAUUCAUCCUUCCCUUGGCUUUUGUAAAAAGUAGAACUGUAUUUUUGUUAUUAGCGGCAUGAAACUGAUGAGAAGUGCAACACUUUUGCCUCUUUGAGCGGUGCUCAUCUGGCUUCCUGCAGAAUGCAAAACAGCUUCUGUUGGAUGUCUUGAACUCAGAACCGUGGUCCAGAUGGAAACCUUCAGUAGUGGUUUAUGUGGUUUCUCAAAACUUCUAGACUUUGAACUGAAAAAUUAAAAAGCUAGUAAAAUAUCUAAUUUCAGCACUAGGCUUGAAGCUGGUCCAAACUCUUAUUAAAAAGAAACACACUAAUUAUUUGGACUGCAGCCUGGCUGCCCCUCAGCUGCCAGUGUUAGUUUAGAGGGGAAAAGUUCUCUGGCAGAGUUGGUGUGUGGCUCCUCUUCCCCCAGGGUUCCCCAGGAAAGUAACCUACCCUCAGUUUUUUGUAAUUUUUUCAGUUUAGCUAUUCAUGCUGAAACGUCCCAUGCUGGGCUUUGAAAAUGUUAGUUGAAAUGGUUCAUCUGGUUCUGUAAAUAAAGCUGGAGGAAAUGUAAUUUUGCUCAUGUUAAACUCCAUGUGACCUUUCCUUUGAAAAUGGUCCAUUGCUCUUCAUCUCCUCUAAGCCUUCAGAGUGAAAGCAUGAGCCUUGUCAGGAGGUCACCUUUGGGACAAGGAUGUGUCUUCCUGAUCUCCCAGUAAGUUUCACCUAAAUUUAGCUGCAUUACAUGUCUUUGAACAUCUCUAAUUCUGUAACCAGGGAGAAAAGGGACAUGCUCAGAUUAUUUGGAGCUUGUAGUCUGACAAGGCCAAGAUUUGUCAAAGCUAAGAGGUGUUUAUCACUCUGGCAGUGUGAAGGAGGAAAUGACCUGAAUUAUAUGGAAGCUGCCUGGAAAGUCAGGACAAGGUUGAAAGAUGGGGUUUUGAGAACUGUGACAAGAAAGAUGAAAGGGAUUUCCUGGGCAAGGGGUACUGGGGCUGGGAUGACAAAGAGAUUCAAUGAUUUUUCAGCACAGAAACUAGGACUGGGGUUAAGAGAGGUGGGUUUGUAUGACUGGUUGAGCAGGGAGAAUUGGGCCAGAAGAAGUAAAUAGUGAAGAAUGAAGUUUGGAGUAGGAAGAGAAACAUGAAGAAAAUGAAUUGAACUUCAUUUAAAUACAGUACACUCCCUUGGCACAGGCUCUGAGAAAAUUAAACAGACUGUUUUGGUGAGGAUGCCUCAAGUCUGAAACCAAAAAUAAAGUAGUAGUUUUGCAUCUACUGCGUCCAAUAUUUCCCUAUAUAUAUACCUUUUUUUUUUUUUUUGUGAGGCCAGAAAGUCUUUACCAGCCGAAGUAUAUAGCUUUUACCAGUAUAUGAAGGUCUGAGAGAUUGUCAGCAUCAGUGUCUUUUUCCUGCCUUCACACCUUUGUGUGAAGUAGCCUAGUGAGAAGAACAAGGAAGGCAGGUUUGUAAAGUCUGUUCUUCUUUGGAGCUGCAUUUCAGCAACACCAGCUGCUCAGCUUUGCUAAGGUGCAGCCACAAGUGUGGACCCAGGUUCAUGCCAUUUUUACAGACUGUUAAAGGGCAUAAUAAUCUUGGGUUCAAGUUACUGCCAGGCAGCAGACAUUAGAAUUCAAACUUAGCCUAACAAAAAGACAUUUGACUGAACAGCAUUACUACAUGCUAAUAAACAGAUUAAGUCCAUUUUCUCCAUGAAAUAGGUGAGGGAUGUUUAUUUUCAUGCACCCUGCUGCACAGAUUCAGAGCAGGUUUUUCAUCCAUCUUUGUCUUCUCUGAAAACUGGAUAGAAACAUCAGGACACUAUUCCCUUGUCCUCUGGAUGAUCACAGUGUGAAAGACAGCAGCAUAGUUUUUGUUCAUCAGGAAAAGCCCCAGGGAUUGUGUAAGACACAAGAAAAAGUGGGGCAGGAAGGCAGGAUGUACUGCUAUUAGUAGAUAGUGGAAUUGAGAGAUCUUUGAAGGUUGCAUUACCAUAUUUAGAGAAGUUAUUGCAGGGUUAACGCUACCUCGGAGGAAGAAGAAUAGGAGCUUUCCUCAAACGACCACCGGACAGCAGAAAAAAGACCCCUAGCAACACGCCGCGCAGAUGCAGAGCACAUCGAGAAUGUCACGAAGUCCGGAACUGAAGGGGUAUGAGAACUGAAAGACUGGGAGGUGCGGUGCGAGCCAUUGAGGGAAGCAGAGGCUCCCUGGCCGCCCAGCGCUGCAUUUGCCCGUACUGCUUGCUUGCUAAAUUAAUAAAAUUCUCUUUAUAAAGUGACA